GUUUGUUUCAGGAUGUACACAGAAGAAGAAGCUAGGAAAUUAGGAGUGGUUGGCUGGGUUAAAAAUACCAGUCAAGGAACUGUAACGGGCCAAGUUCAGGGCCCAGAAGAUAAAGUAAAUGCAAUGAAAUCCUGGCUGAGUAAGGUUGGAAGCCCAAGUUCUCGCAUAGAUCGAACAAGUUUUUCCAAUGAGAAGGAGAUUUCCAAGCUUGACUUCUCAGGAUUUAGCACUAGAUACUAAUAGAAAAAAAAAAAAACCACCACUGAGCACAAAACUAUGGCGUUUCUGCUGCAUGAUGUUUUCUGUGCCUCCAUAAAAUGUCACAAGAGCAUUUGGAUGCUUUCUGUACUAGAGAUAAAUACAAAUGGUCCCUGAAGUAAGAAUUCUUAGUUGCUGUAUUAGACACUUUACAGCAUGAAUGUCAACAUCUAAUGUCUAAAAUGUCAAUAUCUAAUUUGUUGUAUCUUGAAAGCUAGAAAAAUGGUUAAAAGUGUUGGUGAUUAUUUGUGCACAGUGAGAUUUGUUUAUAUAACCAUAUGGAACCUCAUCUUUACACUGUGAUUCAUAUUUUAGAUGCAAAACAAUAAAUUUAUGUUCUACUGUUUGUAAUCUCACCAAAAAUACUUAACUACAGAACUGGAACACUGGGAGAUUUAUUCUAACAGC